CUCCACCUGCGAAACAAACAAUGGCAAGUGAUUUACUGCAAGUUAAGUGUGAUAUAUGCAGCGAUGUUGCUCACGAACCUUACAUAGAGUGUUGUGAAUGUGAUAUGAACUUGUGCAGUACAUGUUUUUCGUCAGGCAAAGAAAAAGAUGUACACAAAAACGAUCAUAAGUAUGCCAUAAGAAAAAACGAUUUUCCGUUAUUCGACAACUGUAAUUGGUCAGCAAAAGAAGAAUGUAAGUUGCUCUCUGCUCUAUCAACGUACGGUUAUGGAAAUUGGGAGGAAAUAUCAAAAAGUGUCCACACAAGAACAAAACUCGAAUGUCAGGAACAUUACAAGAAGUACUACAUAGAAAAAGUUCAAUAUGAAGAACUAAAAUUGUUACCUGAAACUGACCAAUCCCUAUUUCCUAAACCCUUAACUCCUUAUUUAUAUAAUACAGAAGUAAGUUUAUACCCACCGAGAAACAAUCAGUCUGAUCAACUGUUAGCAGGCUAUAACGCUUAUAGAUCAGAAUUUGAACUUAGUUACGAUCAUAAUGCAGAGAAUAUAUUUAAUUUUGAAGACAGUUAUUCGGAUGAUGAAGAUGAGUGUAUGGAUGCGUUAAAAGUCAGUUUAGUCAGCGCUCUAAAUACAAGGUUGAAAGAAAGGCAGCGUCGCUAUAAAAUAAUACAGAACCAUGGUCUAAUAGCGCAAAAUAAAUUGUUGUCCUGGUUAAAAAUGUUCGACCUAACAUUACUGCGGAUAAAAUCUGAAAAGUUACUAUCGUUUAUGCAGUUCAUGACAGGAAUGCAAUUCGAUGCUUUCAUGGAAUCUUUGAGUUUGGAAGAGGAACUGUUCAAUAAAAUUAUAAAGUUGAGUGAAUAUCGGAAGAAUGGUAUUAAGACGUUGUAUUCGGCAAAAUUGUAUGUGCAGUUGAAACAACAAAACAAACUAGUAUGUAAAGAACAGAGGUACAACACUAUGGCCAUGAUGAAGAAGUUUGACAGUCAGUCACCAGUCAAAUCCAAGUUGUGGGUUGGGCAAAUAGUGAAGAGAAACCGAAAAACAUCUUUACCUUUAGAUAUCAUGGAUUUACCAGGUUUCCAUCUUUUAACAGAAAGCGAGAAGAAUCUGUGUUCCAUGAUAAGACUUAUACCUCAAAAUUACCUAGAAAUCAAAAGGUUAUUGGUAGCGGAGAAUAAUAAGAUUGGGUUUCUACGUCUGCUUGAUGCGAGGCGUAUCAUUAAAAUUGAUGUGAACAAAACAAGGAAGAUAUAUGAUUAUCUUCUGUCUGAAGGAUUUAUUUCGAAACCGUAGAAUAAAGAUAACUUAUAAUAAUCAA